GGGCGGAGACGCCAGCGUAACAUUCCCACCGUUCUCUCUCCUCUCCUCCGUACAGCUGAAAAAACAAGGACAUCCGUCCUCACAUCUCAUCACUACACCCGUGGCAUUUCCUCACCUGCUGCUGCUGCUGCUGCACAACAUCUCUGGAUCCCUCUGCGUGUGUGUGUCCUUCUCCACCUGGAGGUUAGGUUUGCUUUUGGUCAGCGGGGGAUUGCCCGACCGUGCCGUGCCGAGCCGAGCCGAGCCGAGCCGAGCGGCAGGGGUGUGAGGCGGAUGCUGCGAGCGUAGAAGCUGGGUACCAACCAGGAGCAUCACCACACUCACCAUGAUGGACAGAAUGACUAUUCUCUCCUUUCUCCUUCUUUGCUUGACUUCGGUUGCCAAUGGCAACAAAGCCAAUAAGCACAAGCCAUGGAUUGAGACAGAGUACCAGGGGAUUGUCAUGGAGAACGACAACACCGUGCUGCUCAAUCCCCCUCUCUUUGCCCUGGACAAAGACGCUCCACUACACUACGCUGGUGAAAUCUGUGGCUUCCGGGUCCACAAUGGCCCCUCUGGCUCAGGCACUGUCCAGUUUGAAGCUGUGGUUCUGGACCGCUCCACUGGCGAGGGUCUGGUCCGGUCCAAGGAGCCGCUGGACUGCGAGAGCCAGCGAGAGCACAGCUUCACCAUCCAGGCCUACGACUGCGGAGAGGGACCUGAUGGAGUCAACAGCAAGAAGUCUCACAAGGCCACCGUGCAUGUUCGUGUUAACGACGUCAAUGAGUUCUCCCCCGUGUUCGUUGAGCGUCGCUAUGAGGCUUCCGUCCCAGAGGGGCGUCUGUUUGACCGAAUUGUGCGCGUGGAGGCUUUGGACGCCGACUGCUCCCCGCAGUACAGCCAGAUUUGCUUCUAUGACAUCAUCACUCCCAAUGUGCCCUUCGCUAUUGACAACGAUGGUAACAUAAAGAACACAGAGCCGUUGGAUUCGAAGCAUCAGCGCGUUCACACCUUCUGGGUGACUGCCUUUGACUGUGGAAAGAACCGUGCUCAGGCUGACGCCCAGGUCGUUGUCACGGUCAAGCCGUCCUGCAAACCCGGAUGGAUCGGAUGGACCAAACGUGUAGAGUACACUCCUGGGUCAGGCAGCAUCCCCCUGUUUCCCAGUUUGCAUUUAGAGACCUGUGAGGAGACCGUGUGGAACAUCCAGGCCACUGUAGAGCUCCAGACCGGCCACAUCGGGAAGGGCUGUGACAGAGACAGCUACUCUGACAGAUCUGUGCGCAGACUGUGUGGUGCUGUCCGGGGUGAGGUGGACCUCCUCCCUCCUCCUUCUCCUGCAGCCAACUGGACCUCAGCUCUGCCCACUCUCCCCUCGUCUGAUUCUUCUCUGGUCUUCUCCUUCAACGGAUCCAACCAUGUCGCCACUGUGCCAGAUUCGGUUGUCUCAGCAUUGUCAGGCGACCACUUCACCCUGCAGCUGUGGAUGCGACGGGGCGGCGCCAACAUCCAGCCUUCGACCACUCAGACCCGAGGAAGUCGUAAAGAGGAGGAGACUAUUGUGUGCAUCACUGUCAAGAAUGAUGACUCCUACUCACACUAUUCCCUCUCCGUCCAUGGCUGUCGCCUCUCUCUCUUCUAUUGGCCCGACGUCUCUGCUGCACGGCCUGUCAAGUUCUUGUGGAAACUGGAGCAGGUGUGUGACAGUGAGUGGCAUCACCUUUCACUGAGUGUCCAGUUCCCGUCAGUGACCCUGUAUGUGGACGGCGUGACCUUCGACCCCGCACUCAUCCAUGACAACGGAGCCAUCCCUAACCCCGCCGCCCGCCAGAGGAUGCUCAUCGGCGCCUGCUGGGAGACUGAAGAGAAGCCAAAGGAAAUACUAAACAACACCAUCCCAGAGGGUAAAGACUCAGUGAAGUAUGUAGGUGGUUACCAUGGCCUGUUGUCCGGGGUGACGGUGCGUCCCGGCAGCGUGGAGCCUCACAGUGUGGUGGAGUGUCUCUACGCCUGCAGGGAGGGGCUCGACUUUGGAGACCUGGAGACGCUGGGCUCUGGCAUGAAGGUUCACGUGAACCCCAGCCAGUCUGUGUUGGUGCUGGAAGGCGACGACAUUGAGAGCUUUAACCGCGCCGUUCAGCAGGUCACCUACAGAAAUUCUCUGCGAUUUGCCACACCAGGAGUCCGACCGCUUAAACUUAGCACCUCACUCAGAUGUUUCAACGAGGAGAGCUGCCUGUCCCUCAAGCAGCUGGAGGGCUACCUGGUGGUCCUCCAGCCCGACGCUCCUCAGAUCUCUCUGUCCGGGGUCGGUCCUCAUCUGGCUCGUCCUGCUCCUGAGUUUGAAAGUCCCCGUGGUGUCCCCCUUUUCCCCGAGCUCCGCAUCGUCUGUUCCCUGUCUCACGCAGUCAACACGGCGGCGCAGGGGAUGGAGGGAGGAGCUCUGAUGUCUGACGCAGUAGCUCACACCUUGGAUGGCUGUGAGGUCCAACCGCUGGGGGAGGAGUUAAACCCAGAGAGGGAGGAGCUUCUGGUGGACAUGGAGGUUGUGCGAGAGAGAGGACUGGAAAUCAUCAACACCACCGCUUAUAUUGCCAUCACAGGUGCCGAAUCCAUCUCCGUGUACGAGGACGUCCUUCGCUCUGUCCGCUACCGAAUGGCCAAAGGCUCAGCCCGCUUUGAGAGGCGGUUCCGCCUGUCCUGCUCUGAGAUGAAUGGUCGAUACACCAGCAAUGAGUUGACUCUGGAGGUGAACUUCCUUCACUCUCUGGACAGUUUGUAUCACCCGUCCCACCUGCUUGCCUCCCAGCAGCAGUUUCUUCAUCCAUCCCAUCAUACAGGAGAGUUGAGUGGACACACCCUGCCCAAUCCACACCGUAACUCAGUGGUACCAGGAGCAGCCACUGUCAUCAUCAUGGUGUGUGUGGGUUUCCUGGUUGUUAUGGUGAUCCUGGGUGUUUUCCGAAUUCGCUCCAUCCAUCGUCGUAGUGAAGGUGCUGGGGGUGGGGCUAAGGAGGGCAGCAGCCAGUGGGACGACUCCGCCCUCACCAUCAUCGUCAACCCAAUGGAGUCCUAUGAGUCUCGUAUGGGAAUCUGCGCUGACAACGAAGGCGAGGGGGAAGAGGAGGAGGAGGAGGAGGAGGUAGCAGAGUCACCCGACGAAGAAAGCGACGACCAGCGAAUCAUCAUCAAGAAAGAGGGGAGGGACGGCAACGCCCGUCGCUACUGAGCCAUACGUAUCUCUGCACCACCUCUCAUGGAAACCGCAAAACCGUCUCCCCAGUCACACACUUCACCACUUUUAAUAUCAACAACUGCUAACACCACUAGUAUAAGGAAUGUAAGCUUACACACACGACGCACAACACAGUCACUAUAUAAUACUCUUGACAGUCAACACCAUCUGUGACCUAUCGCCAACAACAGGCAGUUGUGCUUCACUUAAAUGUUCAAUGGCACAAUGUAUACAAUUAAUGUACUUAAACCACCCGAGCAAACCCCACCAAAUUGUAUGUGGUGCACCAGUUCUAAAUCACUCAAAAGUCAUGUGAAGUAUAGUGUAAUACUGGUUGAAUGAGAUUUUUUUAAAGAUUGUAUCCUUUUAUUAUAGACACAGAAUGAAUAUUUACAACAACAACAACAGCAACAAAACCUGGAAGAAUCCACAACACACAGGCCUUGAACAGAUCUGUAGACACAAGCCUUGAUCCCAACAGGUCUCUGCUCUCCCUCAUAAGACUGAUAUGAGAAGUCUGUGCACAAGCUCUUUUUCCACACAUUCCUCUCAAACACUGUUAGCCACAGAGUGAAGACAGUGAGGUCGGACAUUACGGUCACUCUCCAACUUAUUCACAAGAAAAAAAAUAUGAAAGGAACAUCAUGUUUACUGUAUUUAAUGUAGAGCUGAUUAUCAGAUUUGAGGACAAUGGACCAAUACACUUCAACCCGUUUACUCAAGUUUGUACUUGUACAGUACACCAACUAAACUGAAUACUGUACUCUUGGCGUUGAGGCCAUGCAACAUCAGUGAGGUUUCUGGUUGAAAGAAGAGUCUUUGCAAAGUUACAUCUUGUACCACUGGAUGGGUAAACAUCACCAUCUCCCAUAGAACAGGUGUAACCUGACCUCUGACCCCUUCUUCCUCCAUUCUUAGUGACCGCUAGAAUGUUUGUAAAUGACUCUCACUGUUUCACUCACUGCACACUGCUGUGUACAAUAGCUGCAUCACAUACACUUACAGACACUCCACGAUGCCACCUGUGCUGUCUCCAGAAUGUCAGCUCAGCUUGGGCAGUUUUGAUUGUAUUGAUUGUAAUAAAUUUUCUGUACAUACAGUUAUGAAUAUUACAAUAUUAUUGUUAUUACUAUUAUUAUUAUUAUUAUUAUUGCAGCCACCACUGUCUUUGCACACUCCGAGAGAGAGCAGACUUUGAUUAUACUUUCUUCCCCAUUAGAGAAAUCACUGUUACACCAGAAAACAGCAUCAUGAUAAUAAUAGUAGUAGUGAUAAGGAUGAUAAUCCCCGGCUUGAUGAGUGUGUCUUAAUUUGUGUGUAAUAUUGUUGUAAUUUAAGACUUUGUCAAUAUCUGAAUCACAGAAAAAGGAGGGCACAUCGUUGUGAAACAUAGACAUGUCUCGCUGAGUUCAUCUUUCACACUUUGCCAUAUAUUUUUCACACUUUAAAAUAGUUUUUCUAUUUAUUUUACACGCCAUUCUUAUAUCAUUGGUUCAAUGAAUGUACAACUUUGUGCUUCUCCUCACCGCUCCCUCCCUCUGUGUGUCUCUUGCUGUCUGUCUGUGUAGCCUAUCAAUGUGCAGUGCUAAACCGUCAGUAAAUAAAGCCUGUCGUUUUUGAGUGUGAUAUUAAGAAGGAAUAAACAUUGCAUUGAUUAAUAACUUAUAUUAUUACGAUGUUACUAUUGGAAAAUUACCUGUAAUUAUUGAUACAAUGAUGACAUGAGUUAUGCUGACUAAUUGUUAUUGAGAACUGUCAGAAAACAUUACAAAAUUCAUAAUAAAAACACUAUAUGACGUUG